CGACAGGGUGGCACACAAAUUCCACCAUGAGCGACGACGAGGACUACGAGUUCGAGUACAGCGACAACGACGAUGAUGUUGACAUGGGAGAUGAUGAAAACAACCCGGAAGUCGAGAUGGAGAAUAAGUAUUACACGGCCAAGGGCGUGCGCGAUGAAAACUGCACGUCGAGCGACCAAGUCGAAGCCGCGUUCGAGGCCGUGCUCGACCUGGACGACAUGGGCGAGUCGAUUUGGGGGUUCCGAGCGCUGAAACAAUUGAUCAAAUGGGGAAUCCGACAUAACGAGCUGGAAAAGGCCAUGAAACACUACGAGAAGCUCCUCCAUCGCAUCGCAACAUCGCCCGGGAUCACACGCAACAUGGGCGAGAAAGGCGUGAACGGCGUGUUGGAUUUUGUGUCGGCGCAUCCCGUUGUACAAAAUGCGUCCACGUCGUCGUCUUCCCCGUCCGGAGACGACGGAUCGUGGGCAAUUUUACAGCAAUUUUACGAAACAACGUUGGCAACGUUGCAGCAAAAGGAGUCGCGAAACGAACGCCUGUGGUUCAAAACCAACAUCAAGCUCGGGAAUCUCUUGUUUGACCAGAUGGAAGCAGUUGGAACACCCAAGCACACGCAGUUGCUGCGAAUUGUCAAGGAGUUGCUUGCGUCGUGUGAAUCGAAUGCUGCGGCGUCCGCCGCUGACGCCGCCCUCGACGACGACUCGACUGGCGCGUCGAUUGCGUCGUCGAGCAAGAACGAUUCGCAGCUCUUGGAAGUGUACGCGCUGCAAAUCCAGCUCUACACAGUGCAGAAAGACAACAAGAAGCUCGUCGAGCUGUACGAAAAGGCACUGUGUGUCAAGCCGGGGGUAGCCCAUCCACGCAUUGUGGGCGUCAUUCGUGAGUGCGGCGGCAAGAUGCACAUGAUGCAGGGGGAAUGGGAGAAAGCCCGAAAUGCAUUUUUCGAAGCCUUUAAGAAUUUUGACGAAGCAGGCGAAGGCAGGCGGUUGCAGGCUCUCAAAUACCUGGUGCUUGCAAAUAUGUUGGGCGACUCGAAGAUCAACGUGUUCGACUCGCAAGAAGCGAAACCAUACGAACAGGACAAGGAAAUUGUCGCGAUGACCCAACUCGCCGAUGCUUUCUUGAACGACGACAUCAAACAAUUUGGUACGUGGGCAUGUACCAUAAAGCGAGUGGAACGUGCUGUUAGAUUCCGUGUUGAAUCGUCAUCGCCGAUCCAUCAUGUCGGAUGGAUUUGUCAAGCAUUAUGUCGACAAUCUCCUUCGGGCUAUUCGCAGCAAGGUCGUGCUGAAGGUGAUCAAGCCAUAUCAAGUUGUAAGAUUGGCCUACAUUGCGAUGGAGCUCAAUGGAAUUGAGCGACAAGAAGUCGAACAUAUUCUGGCGGCGCUUGUGCUGGACGGAAAAAUUGAAGGUCGCAUCGACCAAGUCAACGGACUCUUCUUCCUUCACCCACAAACGAGCGAUGUGAAACAAGUCGGUGCGCUGAACGAGUGGACGACAUCGCUGGAGAAAUUGCGCCGUCAAUUGCACGACAAACACUUACCCGAAGCAGCAUAACACCCAGAGGAACAUUUCCAACUUGAUAGCGAUGCGGAAUGUCUUGGUUUGUGGAAUGAUUUGAGUUGUAGCACCCUACGUCGGGUCCUUGAAACAAGAGUGAAGUAGGGAUGGCAAAAUGUAUCGGUCGGGUCGUUAACGCUGUAGCCAAUCUAUCGUGAGAGAAAACAUUGGAAAAUCAAGUAUAUUCAGAGUCCAAAG